GCUGCGCAUCUGGAUGUUUUAAACAUACAAAGGAAUUGCUAGAGCAAGCAAAAGAGAAAACGGUGCAGGGAGUUAAGAUGUGCAGAUAAGCAACUGGUGAAGCUCAAGUAACUGACAGCCGGGCAGGAAAACCUCUCUCCAAGGAGCGCAACUCUAGGCAGAAUGAAGACUCACGUUGCCUUUGGCUUCAUUUUUGAAGUACUAUUAAUCCACGUCUAUCUUUUUAGCAAAACUUUAGCUGCACCGUCACCAAUCAUUAAGUUUCCUGGAGACAGCACUCCAAAAACAGACAAAGAACUAGCAGUGCAAUACCUGAACAAAUACUAUGGGUGCCCAAAAGACAAUUGCAAUUUAUUUGUACUGAAAGAUACUUUGAAGAAAAUGCAGAAAUUUUUUGGGCUGCCUGAAACAGGAGAUUUGGAUCAAAAUACCAUUGAGACAAUGAAGAAACCACGCUGUGGUAAUCCAGAUGUGGCCAACUACAACUUCUUUCCAAGAAAGCCAAAAUGGGAAAAAAAUCAUAUAACAUACAGGAUUAUAGGCUAUACACCAGAUUUGGAUCCCGAGACAGUGGAUGAUGCUUUUGCCCGAGCGUUCCAAGUCUGGAGUGACGUCACACCGCUGAGAUUUAACCGAAUAAACGAUGGAGAAGCAGACAUUAUGAUUAAUUUUGGCAGAUGGGAGCACGGCGACGGCUACCCCUUUGAUGGCAAAGACGGUCUCCUGGCUCACGCUUUUGCACCGGGGCCGGGAAUUGGAGGAGACUCCCACUUUGACGAUGAUGAACUGUGGACCCUCGGCGAGGGCCAAGUGGUUAGGGUGAAGUACGGAAACGCGGAUGGCGAAUACUGCAAAUUCCCCUUCUGGUUCAAUGGCAAGGAAUACAACAGCUGCACUGAUGCGGGCCGCAGCGAUGGCUUCCUCUGGUGUUCGACGACCAAAGACUUCGAUGCAGACGGCAAAUACGGCUUUUGUCCCCAUGAGUCCCUGUUCACCAUGGGCGGCAAUGGCGACGGGCAGCCCUGCAAGUUCCCCUUCAAGUUCCAAGGCCAGUCCUACGAGCAGUGCACGACCGAAGGGCGCACAGACGGCUACCGAUGGUGCGGCACCACCGAGGACUACGAUCGAGACAAGAAAUAUGGCUUCUGCCCAGAGACUGCAAUGUCCACAGUCGGUGGAAACUCCGAGGGGGCCCCUUGCGUAUUCCCCUUCAUCUUCCUGGGCAAUAAGUACGAGUCGUGCACGAGCGCGGGCCGUAACGACGGCAAGCUCUGGUGUGCGUCCACCAGCAGCUACGAUGAUGACCGCAAGUGGGGCUUCUGUCCUGACCAAGGAUACAGCCUCUUCCUGGUUGCUGCUCAUGAAUUUGGCCACGCCAUGGGGCUGGAGCACUCCGAGGACCCAGGAGCUCUCAUGGCCCCCAUCUACACCUACACCAAGAACUUCCGACUCUCCCAGGAUGACAUUAAGGGGAUCCAGGAGCUAUAUGAAGUAUCGACUGACGUUGAACCCGGGCCAGGGCCAGGGCCAGGCCCAGGCCCUCGUCCAACCCUUGGACCUGUCACUCCAGAGCUCUGCAAGCACGACAUUGUUUUUGACGGCGUCGCGCAGAUUAGAGGAGAGAUCUUCUUCUUCAAAGACAGGUUCAUGUGGAGGACCGUGAACCCCCGCGGAAAACCCACCGGGCCGCUGCUGGUUGCCACCUUCUGGCCCGACCUGCCUGAGAAGAUUGAUGCCGUGUACGAGGCCCCGCAGGACGAGAAAGCGAUAUUUUUUUCAGGGAACGAGUACUGGGUCUACUCCGCGAGCAACCUGGAGCGGGGCUACCCCAAGAAGCUCAGCAGCCUGGGCCUCCCCGCCGACGUGCAGCGCGUCGACGCCGCCUUCAACUGGGGCAGGAACAAGAGGACAUAUGGAUACAGGGAUUCAUAAUGUUGGGAUACACUUCUCUUCAGGUACAAUGAAGAAAAGAAGAAAAUGGAGCUGGCGUCCCCCAAAUUCAUUGCCGACUCUUGGAACGGGGUUCCUGAUAGCCUCGACGCCGUCCUGGGCCUCACCGACAGCGGAUACACCUACUUUUUCAAAGAUCAGUACUAUCUACAGAUGGAAGACAAGAGUUUGAAGAUUGUUAAAAUUGGCAAGAUAAGCACUGACUGGUUGGGUUGCUGAAUUGUAUGAGCUAUAAUAACCAAAUAUUUACUUUUUUGUUGUUAUAUGCCUUAUCUGUAAUUAGAAAUAGAUCCAAAUGCUAAUUACUGGACCAGUCUGGUACUGGCACCAAAACAUGAAGUACCAGUACUGCACCCAUCAGCUAAUUUAAGAGCAUUUGCCUCCUCAGUAUACAAAAGAUGUUUACAU